UGGGAGUCCCACUGUAUCCGCCAGUGCUCACCCUGCGUUCUCCCCAUGACCCCAUCUGUUCUUCCCCUUCUAAUCCCUUCUUUUUUCUCUGUAAAAUCACUAAUCAGGUUCAUUUGAUUGGUCCACUCCGUCCUCCGCAUCUAAGACAUCGGGGCCAUCUCUGCACAGUCUUGAUUAGGGCCGUCUGCCCUUACUGCGAGCAGCUAAAGCGAAAUAUGUCGGACCAAGAGCCACCAACAGAGGGCUCAGUUCAGGCAAAGUUUGCCAAGCUUAUCGCCAAGUUCCUGCAAGAGAAUGGUUUUCCUCCCAGCAUCAUCGACAGUAGAAGCUUUAAAGUUCUGAUGGAUACCAUUGCACAGUGUGGACCAGACUGCGAAUUCCCUAGCCAAGAGGAGUUGAAUGGGCCUCUCACUGAUGAGGUGAUGAACUGGGUGUCUGAAAGGAGGAAGAAGCAUGAGAGGGCCUGGGAGUGGCAUGGUUGCACGCUCAUGGUGGAUUCUUGGACCCAUCCUGGGAGGCGUCUUCACUUGCUCACUUUCAUGGUCGGUAGUGUGGAGGGGGUUUUCUUCUUGGGCUCUGCUGAUGCUUCAUAUGCAACAGAUCAUGCAGAUUUAUUGGCAGAAUUGAUAGAGGAAAGGAUUGACGAGGUUGGCAGGGACAAAGUUCUUCAGGUUGUUACUGGUAACAGCCAUAACCUUAAAGCUGCAUGCAAGAUUCUAAUGGAUAGGAUUCCUACACUGUUUUGGACUCCCUGUGCUUUCCAGUGCUUGGACCUUAUGUUGAAGGACAUUGGGAGGCUGCAAGAGUUCAAGAAGCAUAUUCAACAGGCCAAGCGUGUCACCACAUUUAUUUACAGGCAUGGAAAAUUUCUCAAUGCAUUGUGUAAGAAGAUGGAUGGGAAGGAUCCAGUGGCACCUGCAACCACUCGACACUCCACGACAUUCCUCACUUUGGAGAGGAUGUACAAGCAUAGAGAUGUAAUUAAAUGUCUAUUCACUAAUGAGGAUUGGAGUAUGUCAAAAGUGUCAAGAACAGAAACAGGAAAAAGUGUGCGUGAAAUUGUGUUGAAUACCACGUUUUGGAAUGGAGUAGAAGAUUGCACAAAAGCUUCAGAACCACUUCUUGUUCUGUUGAGGAUGGUCUAUGAUGCUGAUAAGCCAUCAAUGCCAGAGGUGUUUGCAGGUCUAGAUCUUGCCAAGAAAAAAAUCAGAGAUUCUUUUGCAAGCAAUCAAGGAAUACUGAAGAAACUGAUGGACAUUGUUGAGCAGCAUUGGGCAGAUCAAAUGAAGCAAAAACUAUAUGGGGCUGCUUUGUUUCUGAAUCCAAACAAGUUUUUCGACGUCAAAGAAAAGGACCUUGCUUAUGCUUCUAGUCUACGGGAAAUGUUUAAUGAUGUGAUUGAGAAAAUGAUUGCUGAUGAUGAUGAUUUGAUCGCCAAGGUAAGGGACCAAGCUGAUCAAUACGAGAGGGCUGAAAAUAGCUUUGGGAAGAAAUUACUAACCCUGCAAGACAAGAAAAAGAAUCCAAAUGAUUGGUGGAGUGCCUAUGGUGGGUCUGCUGGAGAGCUUCAAAAGUUUGCAUGUCGCAUUGUUAAUCUUUAUUGUUCAGCAUCUGGCUAUGACCACAAUUGGACUAUGUUUGACUGUAUCCACACUAUAACUAUGAAACAGUCAGACCGCAAGAAAUUGCAGAAUAGGGCUUAUGCCCGGCAUAACCUGAUGAUAUCUGAUAGGUCUGAAAGACAGCAGUUAGAAGGAAGCAACUUUGAACCUUUGAUCCUUGAAUGCUAUGAGUUUGACCAUGAAUGGGUCGGCAUGCAAACUGCACAACUCUAUAGUAGGGAGAAUCUUAUAUGGGAAGUUGUUGAAGAAGUCACCGGUGGAUCAUACACCCUUGAGGACCGCAAGUUGCGUAGGCCUUAUGACCCCCAGAAUGCACUUGUUCUCACUCAUGAGGAUGUUGGACCAAGUGGCAACAAGGGCCCCGUGGGUGAUCCUUCUGACUCCGACGAUUGAUUUCUAGUAUUGGUAGAGUCUCAUGUUAGUUUGGUAUUCAAGAAUUCAACUACCUUUGAGAACUCUGGAGCCAUGGUAGUAGUAUGGUACUUUUGCUGGGUAUUAGCUUUAGCUGGUUGUGUACUUGUGCUGCUCUUGAGAACCUGGGUUAAUUGCUAUAUUACUAUGGUACUCCUAUGCAGCACCUUGGUUAAUUGCAAUACUAUAAUGGCAGUACUAUAUGUUGUGUAAUUUUCAUUCUGAUGUGCGAAAUGGUAUGAUUGAUCUGCAGCGUAGGUGCUUGCUAGACUGAUUUUCACGA